UUGGUGUUUUGAGCAAGAGAAGGCACUCCUGUGUGACCGGGAAAAUUAAAUAGCGCAGCUUUCGUCCAUCGGCUGUCAUCACAUCCAACGCAAUUCGACACCAUUUGGUGUAGGAUUCCAUCCAUCUAUUUCUUCUGUCAUCGAAAGGUCAGAUCUACAGGAGCGUGGCGACGCUGUAAAAGAUCGAGAGGGAAAACAUAUGAUAGAAGUCGAUUAAAUCAAGCGUAACACUACCCGGUUAUUCGAGAAAUUAAUUCGACUCUCAUUGUUUGUAAACUUUGGAAGAUUCCAUGCUGUAGUUGAGUGUAAAGCUUGACGGGUGAGCGGAAAACGCGCGAUUCUCCGGCUUUCACAAAACUUGGACAGCAUCGAGAUACUGCGUUGUACAGAGGCUAGUCAGACUGUCAAAGACCUUGGCCAUGAACUCAGCAGCGUUUCUUCUUGGUUUAUUGCUAAUUUCAGUAGCGCUCGCCGCUGGAGAAAACCAACAAAGCGACAUUCUGCCGUCGAAUGAGAGAAUCGACAGUGCCGUAGCAGUUGUUGGAAGGGCUUUUGUAUAUUCUCUGUCAAACCAGGCAGGGCAUAAAGACGAAUACAAGGUUGUUCAGAGAGGGCAAGCUUCGUUACCUCAAUGGCUGUCUUACAUCGAGGAGAAAUCUGUGCUGCUAGGCGUGCCGUCAUGGCGCGACCGAGGUGACAUUGUCAUCGAUUUUCAAUCAAAGGAUGGAAAUACGGAACAUUCCCUGAACAUCCAGGUAAAAGACAUGCUUGACGAAGUGUCACAGCCUUCGCCACGCUCUAACAAUACCAAGACUUCUUCUUAUUCCAAACCAAAAUGUCCCAAGGGGUUACCAGUGGCAGCUGCCUCUAUCGUGCUGGACUAUCAUUUGGAGAAAGUUACGGGAGAGAUGAGAGUCGAGAUCAUGAACAAAGUAGCUGACUUUGUUGACGUGGAUGUGAAAAAUCUUCACAUGUUAGCGGGCAAGGGACACAACACCGCUUUUGGGCUAAAAGAUGUGAUAACAGUCACAGCAGGGCCAGGCAAUGUGGGGGAUUCCAAGCAGCCUGGUGUAGUGGUUUCUUGGCAGAUCGGCUGUGGAAUUGACAUACCAAUUGCUGGAGUACGAAUAGCUUCUUUCCUCAAAUCCAGUACAGAGACGGGAUCCUUUGGUCCAGUGCUUGGUCUUCCUGUGACUGAGUGGCACGUAUCCAUUGGUUACCCCAAACAGCCUCGACAGAGAGCCCACAGGCAGGUGGUUCAGGACAAAACUCCUAAAGUUGUCAAACGAUCAACAAAACGAGACGUUCGAGCGAUCCAAGCGACUCCAACACCGACCUUGACUGUGGCACCUCCCACGUCUGUUGUCGCUAGUGUCACGAUAACUGUUACUAGAACAAGCUCGGUGGCUCCGACCUCGACUGUGGCACCGACUACAACUCCGGUGGCUCCGACGACCACCGAAGAACCGACAACACCUACUACUACAAAGCCACCGACCACUACCGAAGAACCGACGACAACGGAGACACCAACCACUACGAAGCCACCGACCACGACUGAAAAACCGACUACUGCCGAAGAGCCGACGACUACGAAGUCACCGACCACUACCGAAAAAACGACAACAACGAGGACACCGACUACUACAGAGCCACCGACCACGACAGAAAAACUGACUACUACCGAAGAGCCGACGACUACGAAGCCACCGACCACGACAGAAAAACCGACUACUACCAAACGACCGACCUCUACCGAGCCACCGACCACAACCGAGAAGCCGACGACAACUGAAGAGCCUACCACGACUACAAAGCCGGUAGCCGCAUCGGCAAAACCGACUACACCCGAACAGACGACGACAACAGCAGCACCAACUACAGAAACGACGACCACAGAUGAGAUACUGAUCACCACAGAAAGACCAACACCAUCUGAGAAGCUCAGUACCAGAGAAGCACCCGCCACAGAAAAACCUAAUCCACAAGUCCUUAACCAUAUUGAUCGUAUAGAUGUUUAUCGCGGUCAAGCGCGUAUGUACCACAUACCCGUGGAUACAUUUUACGAUCACCAAGACUUCUACACACCUAAUCUGACGCUGUCGCUGAAAACGAAUAAGUGGAAGCCGUUGUCCGAGGUGCCUUGGAUUAAAUUCGAUCCUGAAAAGCAAGUAAUCUCUGUCUUUGCUGUCGACGAGGGAGCUAUCGGAAUUCACGAGUUUUUCCUCGUUGCUGCUGACAGUGAUGGAGAAGAAGGCUAUGACGCUUUUGAAGUGAACAUCUUGAGUGAUUCUUCUGUUUCUUACAAUCAUCGAUUUAGCCUUAAACUUGACUAUGAUUAUAAGACCUUCUCCAGCGACUUUAACGUCAGAUUACAGCUGCUCUCCAAACUUGCGGAGUAUUUUGAAGUGAACUCCAGUAGCGUGAGAAUUGUCUCGUUCACUGAGGGCUCCGUGAUCUCUAAGUUCCAGUUCGAUUCCUCUACCGUCCCAUUCGACGACUGUGAUUUUCCACUCAGGGAAAAAUUUGUCUCUGAGGAUGUCGACGAAGAUGGCGACAGUGUGAAUCCUGAUCUUAAGAAAGCUCUUGAACCCGAUUUUCCAGUCCAAUCUGGUUCGUAUGAAGGCCUUGGACCUUGUAAGGGUGGCGAUGGAGUGGCGGUGACGAAACAGCGAUCGGGUGUGUCGAAGACGUACAUUAUCAUUCCAGUGGUGAUCUUAGCAAUCGUGUUAUUGAUCAUCGGCGCUUGCCUGUUCGUUAUCAUACGCUCGCGACGCCAGCGAAAACUUUCGCUGGAAGAUCAGAAACUUUUCGUGGAUAAACGCAAACCGGCCGUGCUUCAGGAAGAAUAUGAAGUCAAAGAAAGGUUACUUAAACAGCCUCUUGUCCUGCCAAACGAGAAGCCACCCCUUUCCCCUCCGGUGCAGCCGCGAAGUCCGUCCUUAAAGCACUCAGGCAGCGACCCACCUCCAUCGGCCGGGUACCAGGCUCCCUCCUUCACUUCAAGCAGACAGCCAAGUAUUCCAGGAACUCCCAGUAGCAACAGCCCUCGAAAGCCAGGAUAUUCAGGUUACCGGCUACCCCCGGCAUAUGUGCCCCCGUGAGGAAAACAAAAUACAGGAAAAAAAAAAUAGUUGGCUCUACUGGACCUCGGACGAUAAAGAUUAAAAAACCGGAAAAUAUCCAUGCCAUCGAGGUAUACGAUGUAAACUGGACAAACUACCAUAAAGAUUUCGAGUAAAGAGCUGUAGCACUUUUCUGCGCUUUUGCCUUCUUGCAAUUUAUUCAAAAUUCUAGCCGAGUUUAUUUGGCUUGUGAUAAACGAGUUUGUGACAUGCCUGGCGUGGAUAUGACAACACGAACUCCAAACAAGGUCAAAAUAAGGCGGUCAGAAUAUCGGCUAAAUACAAGGUAUAUGUGAUUUGUCCAGUACGUAAUGCGAAACAAAGCGCGCGCUGGCUUCUUACAUUAUUAGUUAAAUUUAUAGUUAUAGUGUAUUCAUCUAGACCUACACUAAAACACUGAGGCCCUGUCCACAUAACGCCGGAGGAAUUUAAAAGUGGAAGUUUCAUUCUGAAAACGUAUCAAAUGUCUUCCGUCCACACUGCGCCGGA